AUGUUCGGAGGGCAUGACCCAUUUGAUGGUUUUUCAGUGGCAGCAUCUGCAGGUGCAGGUGGAUUUAGCUCCACCAGAAGUGCACUAGCAACUACAAACAACUGGGACGUAAAAACGACACGAAUCAAGAAGCCUGAUGGAACUGUGAUUAUCGAAACAUCACGAUGCGAUCCGCAGACUGGUCAAGUAACAACUAGUAGGCGAGUCGAAGGAGGAAAUGGAAGUAGUGGGGAGGGGGGAAAUGCUCAAGUUCCUUCUGCGAGUCGUGACUACAGAAGAGAUGAAGAUCCCUUUUCGAGGAUGGAGUCAACCAGAGGAACUCAUAAAAAUGGUAAUAUUGACAGUAGGCUACGUCCUCCUCCUGCUAAAACAACAACAACCUACAAGAACACGGAGGACGUCGAGCCAGCGGGUCGAAAUCUUCUAGAAUUAGGCGGACCAUCAGGCGUUUCAGGUGGAGUGUCAGGUCGUCUUUCUCUUCCUGGACAACAGAUCGCACGCAGCAGCUGGACUGGAAUAUCAAGUGGAAAAGAUGCCAAUCCGGCACCUCGUGCCUCCGCUCGUGGAGGGGCUUUUAUCGGGUGGAAAUCAAAUUGAAGAGGAAGAUUAGAUGAAGAAAAUCAUGAGCAAUUUGCUGAAUUAAUAUAGCACCUGAGCUUAGAAGUACAGACAUUUUCUUGUUUUCACCUCGGAAGGACAAAUUUUUAGGUUCGUCAACAUCUUCACGCUGAUGUGAAACUUCGCCUGAGGCC